CCUCCACCCAGGAACAUGAAGGCUCUAUCGGGUGGCCGGCCCAGCCAGCUCCAGAUUACCUCAGCUCACACCUGCGGCCUGGCCGACUGCGACCACUCCCUGGACCACCAUGAGUCCCGCACCCCCUCAUACCUCCUCAGCCCCACAGAGAGCUGUCUCAUGGAUCACCACCGCUGUUCUCCCCGUAGCUCCAUCCACUCUGAGUGCAUGGCGAUGCCAGUCUCCAUGGCCAACACAGACCACUCCAUCUCCAGCAGUACCUUUCCCAGGAUGCACUACAGCUCCCACCACGACGGCAGCGGGUCGCGGGAUGGUGGUAUUAGAGGAGGAGGAGGAGGAGGUGUUGGCGGUGGAUCACGGGAUCGAGAUGAGUGUGGCUCGUCGCAUGGCGGCAGCGGUAAGAUGAACAGAAUCCCAGCCAACCUGCUGGACCAGUUUGAGAAGCAGCUUCCGUUACAUCGUGAUGGCUUCCACACGUUGCAGUACCAGAGGGCAUCCACCACCACCACGGAGCACCGCAACGAGAGCCCUGGGAGGAUCCGACACCUGGUCCACUCUGUCCAGAAGCUCUUCACCAAGUCCCACUCCCUGGAGGGCUCGUCCAAGAUGAAUGGAACCAAGGGAGACUCGCACCGGGAAGGCUCCCACCACCACCAUCAUCACCACCACGGACACCACAAACACAGCAAGCGCAGCAAGAGCAAAGAGCGUAAGUCAUCAGACAGCAGCAGUAAGCAGCGCUCUGGGGUGGCGGGCUGGUGGAGCUCAGACGAUAAUCUGGAUAGUGACAGUACGUACCGGACGCCCAGUGUCAUGUCACGCCAACAUGUGGACCACAUCAGCAGCCACUGCUACCCCGACUCUGUCCACAGCCACUACGGGGACCUGUCGCUCAAGACCUCCAAGAGCAACAACGAUGUGAAGUGUUCCGCGUGUGAGAGUGUGGCCAUGGCUCCUGAAGGGAAGUUCAUGAAGAGGAGCUCCUGGUCAACGCUGACCGUCAGCCAGGCCAAGGAGGCCUACAGGAAGUCCUCCCUCAACCUGGAGAAACCCAUGAUGCCCACAGACCUCAAGCCCAACCUCAGGCCCUGCCACUACCUACAGGUACCUCAGGAUGAGUGGAGUGGUUACCCAGGGGGGGGUAAGGGUGAUGAGAUCCCCUGCCGGAGGAUGAGGAGCAGCAGUUACGUCAAAGCCAUGGGUGAUGAGGAGAGUGGAGAGUCUGACUCCAGUCCCAAGACCUCCCCCGUGAAGACGGUCCGGCCAGACGCCCUGGUCAAGUAUGUCAUGCAAAGACCGCUCUUAGACUCCCAGAGUCAGAGCUUCCAGGUGCAGGCCUCCAGAGACAUUCACCCCCACCCCAGCUUGGCCCUGGAGCCCUCCACCAUCUAUAACUACCGGCAGCCACCUCUCCCAACAGCCCAAUUCCGCUCCAGGAACCAGAGUUACAUGCGGGCAAUCAGCACUCUCAGCCAGGCCAGCUGUGUUAGCCAGGUGAGUGAGACAGAGAUAAACGGUCAGUUUGAGUCAGUCUGUGAGUCGGUGUUCAGUGAGGUGGAAUCUCAGGCUGUGGAGGCUCUGGAUCUGCCCGGCUGUUUCCGGACACGGAGCCACAGCUACUUGAGGGCCAUCCAGGCUGGCUACUCCCAGGAUGAUGACUGCAUCCCCACCAUGACCUCCUCCACCCUCACCUCUACCAUCAGGGCCACAGCAGAGAUCACGUACACAAACAACUACAAGAAGAUGACCCCUCCGCCGGUCCCGCCCCGCUCCACCGUAGGCUCUAAGCCCCUCAUCUCAGUUACGGCUCAGAGCAGCACAGAAUCCGCCCAGGAUGCGUACCAUGAGGGUAGACCUCCUCGAGGGUGGGGGGAUGGGCUGGGCCUGAGCCUGGGCAGGUCCCUGUAUAACUCCACAGACAGUCUGGACAGUGCCAAGGCGGUGACUAUAGCCUUGGAGGCUGCAGGGGUGAUGUCUGGGAAGAGACACCCGUCCACAGACAGUCAUAGCUCAGUGAUGACCUGUGAUAAAGCCAUCCUGGUGUCCAAGGCUGAGGAGUACCUCAAAACACCACGCUCUUCCAUAGGGAUACAGGUGGAAGCAGCCACCGACUCGGAGUCAGAAACCAAAGGAUCGAGGGAAUACCAUUCUGUGGGGAUCCAAGUAGAAGAUGACAAAAGAGGGCAGGGCAGGUUGAAGCGCUCCAACAGUGUAACAGCCUCCGUUCAGGCUGACAUGGAGAUGGAGGGGUUUCCCACCAUGGAGGACAAGGGCCUACAGUUUGGAGGGGGCUUCCUAGGGGGGCACUCUGAGCCCAGCACGCCCACCCAGUACGGUGUUCGCACCGUCCGCACCCAGGGCCUCUUCAGCUACCGGGAGGACUACCGGACACCCACGGAGCCCCCCAGCCCCCAGCAGACCUCCAGCGAGACCACCUGGCAGCUAGAACCCCCCUCUCCCAGGGAGCCCGCAGCAUCGUCUGGAGAGUCGGGCCGCGUGUCCCCCGCCUUGCGGAGGGAUGGAAGCUGGUUCAUGCAGCUGCUCCACGCAGAGACCAAGAGGAUGGAGGGAUGGUGUAAAGAGAUGGAGGCAGAGGCGGAGGAGAACGACCUCUCUGAGGACAUCCUAGGUAAAAUCAGGAGUGCGGUGGGCAGUGCUCAGCUCCUUAUGUCUCAGAAAUUCCAGCAGUUAUACUGGCUUUGUCAGCAGAACCUGGACCCCAGUGCCAUGCCCCGCCCCACCUCUCAGGACCUGGCUGGAUUCUGGGACCUCCUGCAGCUGUCCAUCGAUGACGUCACCACCAAGUUUGACAAGCUGCAGCAGAUGAAGAACAAUGACUGGAGACCCGUAGAGAAGAGCCCUGAGAAGAAGGUGGAGAGAGAUUUACCACCUGCCAUACCAAAGAAGUCCAUGAUCGGGAAGAGAGGCGUGACGCGGGAGAAAUCCCUGGAUCUUCCAGACCGCCACCGCCAGGAGGCACGAAGGAGGCUGAUGGCGGCCAAGCGUGCAGCUUCCUUCCGUCAGAACUCGGUGUCAGAGAGAGCAGACAGCAUCGAGAUCUACAUCCCUGAGGCCCAGACUCGCCUUUGAGAUUACUGGGACAGGGGUCAGGGGUGAGGGGCGUCUCCCCCUUCAGACUUCCCCUCAACUAGACUCUCCU